AUGGUCCUGAAGCCUUAUGAUAAAAGUGAAAUCGAUAAUGAACGAUUAUUAUCAGUUGCGUCCUGUAUAAUUAGAGAUCGUCUUUAUUUCCUAUCUUGCAAAACUCCACCAAGAAGUAAUUCUUCCAUUCACUUCUUUUCCAUUGAUGAAGAAUUAUGCUAUGAAAAUUUUUAUGCAGAUUUCGGUCCACUGAGUCUUGGUCAACUAUACAAAUACUGUAAUAAACUGAACAAAAAGCUCAAGUCUGGUAGCUUAAAAGAAAAGAAAAUUGCACACUUUACAUCACAUGACUCACGUAAACGAGCGAAUGCUGCAUUUCUCAUUGGAAGUUAUCAGAUCAUAUAUUUGGGACGCACACCAGAAGAAGCGUAUAAAAAUUUAACUUUAAAUGAUAAUCGACCAUUUCUCCCUUUUCGAGAUGCCUCUUUUGGUGCAUCUACUUAUCACUUAACAUUGUUGGAUUGUUUAUUUGCUGUCAAUAAAGCUUUACUUAAUAAAUUUCUCGACUUUGAUACGUUUGAUUUGCAAGAAUAUGAACAUUUUGAGAAAGUAGAAAAUGGUGAUCUCUCUUGGAUAAUACCGAAUAAAUUCCUUGCGUUUUGUGGACCACAUUCACAAACGAAGAUAGAAAAUGGUUAUCCUCUACAUUCACCAGAAGCUUACUUUCCAUAUUUCCGUAAAAGAAAUGUAACCACUAUAAUUAGGUUGAAUAAAAAAGUUUACGAUGCUAAACGUUUCACCAAUGCUGGCUUCGCUCAUUAUGAUUUAUUUUUUACUGAUGGGAGUUGUCCAUCUGAUCAUAUAAUGAAUCGAUUUUUAGAAAUAUGCGAAAAUGUUACGGGAGCAAUUGCUGUACAUUGUAAAGCUGGUUUAGGUCGUACUGGUACACUGAUUGGAUGUUAUUUAAUGAAACAUUAUAAACUUACUUCACGUGAAGUGAUAGGUUGGAUUCGUAUCUGUCGUCCUGGUUCGAUUAUUGGACCACAACAACAUUGGUUAGAUUUAAAACAACCAAUUUGUUGGCAAUUUGGUGAAAUUUACAGAGAAAAUCAGCGUCAAUUAACAACAACACAUUUAGCAGAAUCAUCCAUGAGUAGUGAUGAAGAUUUCAACGUAGCAGAAACAGUAAAAUUACAAAAUACUGUAAAGAAAAAUGAUUUAUUAACGUAUAGAUCUUCAGAAAAUGGAUUAUUAGUUAAGAAUGGUAGAAUCUGUAAAUCUGUUACUCCAGUACCAUUGGUUAGGUCAAAUUAUAAUUCAAAUGAUCUUGCCAUUAAAAAUGUUUGCACUAUUCCACCUAUUUUAUCUCCCGAAAUUUUGUUUUCAAACAGUCUUGUUCAAAACCAACAUAAAAGAUGUUUGAGUAAUAAUAAUAAUAAUAUGAAUAUGAAUAAAAACGUCAAAUCGAAUAUCGGCAAUGCAAGAAAAACAACAACAAUAACAACCACUACUACUAAUAACAUUAAUAAUAAUAGUAUCUGUUCUCUUGGAAUUAGUACUGAUAAUACUGGCAGUAGUAAUGAUAGUAAUAAUGAUAAUAGUGGUAUUAGUGAUAGUAAUAGUAACAGUAUUAGUAUUAGUAGUAAUAGUAGUAGUAGUGCAUCUAUCACCGAGACUCUCACUAAUUCUCCACGAUGUUACAAUAUAACUGUUAAAAAUAUUAAUUUAUCACAAUUAUCUAAUGACCAAUCAAAAAAUGCAUCAAAAUUAAAAAACAAUAAAUCUUUAUCAAAAACCAAUUCAGAUAUUUCAUCGAAAUGUUUUGAUCGCGAAGUGAUUAUUAAUCCAAACUUAAUUAAUGUACAAAAAUCAAAGAAAUUAUCUAAAUUAAAUUCAAAAUCACGUAUUAGUCAAGGUGAUCAGUUGAAUAGAAUAAAAGCAAUGAGACGUCCAAUGCAACAGCGUGUAUCAGAUUCCCAAAAACGCAGUAAUAUAAAAUUAACAAACAGUAAUAGUAAUUUGAAUCGUACCUUCAAUCGUGCGGCAAGUACUCCAACUGAUAUACAUGAUUUGGAUCGUGGUUCUGUUUCAUGUACAUCAUCCAUGACAAAUAUUCAAGAUCAAUUGCCUGGAUCUACAUUAACCUAUUCAUCUAGUCCUGACAACUUUAAUAAUACUAAUUCGUUAUGCUCAAACACUAAGAAUAAAAAAAGUGGAAAUAUGUCUCCUAUAUAUUCGGGUAAUAAUGAUUCAAGAACUCAACCUGAUACCUACACAAAGUGUACUCCAUCUACUAUUGUAUCUCCAACUGUUCCACCACGUUUUUCUCGAUAUUCAACUCGUCAGUCGUCAAAUCGUAACAACAGUGGUUCAAUCACAGUUAAAGUACGCAAUAGAAUCGGAGUGAAACGUACUAAACCGACUACUGAUGAUAAUAAUAUUAAUAACAAUCUAACUAUUACUAAAAAUAACGUUGAUAAAGAGAAGUUGAUUGGUAAUUCAGUUCCAUUAACUAACCGAUCAGUUGCAUCACCAUCAAUGAAAACAACAACUACAAUUAUCACAAGCGAUACUUCAGUACCAAUGACAAUGGAUCAUACAUCAGUACCAAUAAAACGUACAUCAUCAACAAUAAGAAAAUCUCUUGAUUUAGGUAAUAUAGUCCCAUUUGCUACCUCUGUUGAUAUCAAACACAAUAACUGUAAUAAUGCAAAAUGUAUUUAUGGUCAUCACAAUAGUAAUUUGACUAAUAUUCCUGUAUAUGACAAUGUUGUACAAAGUGAAUUAGAUCCAUUAAACAAUACGAAUUAUUCUCCAAUGUCUACCAAUAAUCGAUAUAGUUUUAGUGAUGUUUUAAAUCCAGUUACACUGAAUUAUAUAGAUAAUUUUAAUGUCAAUAAUAAUAAUAAUAAGAGUCAUGGUUCAAUAAAAACCCCGACAUAUAAUCUUAGACAAAGUGUCCGCCAAGAACAACAGCAACAACAAAGACAUCACUUAUGCAAACAAACAUCUUCCACCACUAGUGAUUAUUUCACUGAAACAAAUCAUAUUCAUUCACCUGUCGAUACUUCUUCCAGUCGUCAUUCUACAAAAUGUCCAGGAACAAAAACAAUCCGAUUACCUGUGACGACAUCGUACUCUCAAGAUCCUUUAUUCAUCCGAAAUAAUCAGUCAUCAACAGCCACAACAAUCAAACCAUCAUCACCAACAGUUACAUAUUCAAUUAAUAAAACUGCCAGAGAACCAUAUUUUACUAGAUCUGUUCGUGCUCGAGCACUACAUACUUCCAUGACAGAUUUAUCUGAUAUGUUAAUUGGAUCACAGUUAUCUGAUUAUUCAAAUAAUAGUAGUAGUAGCAGUAGCAGUAUGACUUAUGAUUCUUUACCAUCAACUAGUCAAAAUUCCAAUACAUCAGUUAAUCUUUACACCAGUCCAUCACCAUCAUCAUUUUUUAGUGAACUGUCAGCGUCAAAUAACACUCAAACUCCUUUGUCAUUUGCUUCACUUCCAAUAAGAUUUCAUUUUCGUCAUCCGAAUGUAACAAAGAAUAAUGAUCAAAAUCAUAUUAAUAUUAUAAAAUGUAAACGUAUCCGUGUGAGUUAG